AAAAAAUUAUUAAAAAACAAAAAACCAUUGAAUAAACAAAUAGCAAAAAAUAAAUAUCAAGAAGUCACUAUUAAAUUUGCAAAGAGAAUAUAAUCACUUCUCACUAUGAGCCUCCUUUAAAUAGCAAUAAAUACCAUUUUUAUUGGUCUAUUACUUGAUCUAGUUUAUACCUAAACAGUGCCUACUCUAGAUAUUAUUCAAACUUGUGAAAAAGAUCCAACUUAAAUGUAUGCUUACAACCAAUGUGUCAAUUGGUAAAGCAAUUGCAGCUUUAUAGAAGGGACUAUUUCAGGUGGAACUUGUACAAAACCAACAGUAACUUCUACAGCAUGCCUGCAACCAGGUUUUUUGAUUAACGCAUCGAAUAAUUGUGUUGAUUGUAGAACAGAAUAAUAAUGUCUUCUCCAAUGUGAUGGAUUUUGGAGCUACAGCCUUUAAACUUGCUUAAGAUAGACUUAUAAAUCUUUUAAGAGGUCUAAUUCUGGAGUUUUAUGUACUUCAUUUACAAAUUAAAUAGACUGUAAUUAAUGUAGAGACUAACAGUUUGCAUUUAAUUCAUCUACUUCCAAAUGUUUAAAAUGUCCUCCUUCUUAGUGGAAUUCCCAAACAAUGACUUGCAAUUUUAUGUCAAGUUGCAGCAACAAUAGUGGCCUCGGUCUAUCUACAGCUCUUAGUAAUUGUGUUGUGUGUUAUGGUGAAACAACACAAAAAUAUUUAAGUUUAUUUUCAUAAUCAUGCGAAGUAUGCCCAUCAGAAUGCACACAAUGCGGAGGCUAUACUAAUUGCUUAGCAUGCCAAAAUAACUUCUCUUUGUCUACAGACACAACUAACUUACCUGGAGUCUGCGAAUGUAAAAAUGCCUACUCUUUUGAUGGAUCUAACUGUAAUCCAUGCAAAACUAAUUGCACUAAAUGUAAAGGUGAUGGUACUUGCUUACUUUGCUCUCAAAACUAUGGCUUAAAUACAUCUACAAAUACAUGUGUUAAAUGUGCAGUUUUUAAUACUAAGAACCCCACUAUUUGUGACAUACCAGUUCUUGCUUUCUGCUAAACUCCUUCAUCAGAUGGAAAUUUUUGCUUAUAGUGUUAACAGUAAAACCAAGUUUUCGACACAGUAGCAUAAUAUUGUGUGUGCUAAAACAAUUAGAUUUAGGAUAUAAAUACAGGAAUAUGCUCAAGUUGCUCCACUCUUUUCGCGAAUUGUUUAACAUGUACAACAACUAGCUGUCUCAGCUGCACUGAUCCGAAUUUUACAUUGAACAACUCAACGGGUUGCAAAUGUUCAGGUAUCAUUUAAAAUGGAUUAUGUCUCUAAUGCAGUAAUCUUAUUUCUAAUUGCAUGUCUUGUUCCACAAAUGGUUAAACAUGUAAUUAAUGUUUUUAAGGAUAUGGAUUAGCAGCAAAUAAUAGUUCUUGCUAUGCAUGUAAUACAAUAGACCCUAACUGUGUAUCAUGCAAUAGCUCAAAUGUUUGCAGUUAAUGCAAUAAUGGGUAUAUUCUAAAUUAGUAAACAAAUAAAUGUGUUUGUGAUACUUCCUCUAAUUAAUAUGCUUUAGUCAAUGGAUUCUGCUAUAAUUGCAGCAACUCGUUAACACAAUGUAAAUAGUGUAGUGUCAACUCCCAAAAUAGUGGAUUAAUAUGUAUAGCAUGUAAUGAGCCGUUUGUUGCAGUAAAUGGAUAAUGUCAACUUUGUGCAUAAGGAUUUUAUUAAUCUGGAAACUAAUGUUUGGCUUGUUCUCAGGCUAAUUGUAAGCAAUGUACAAGUACUGAUUGCUACUAAUGCAUAAGCGGAUUUACUCUUAAUAACAAUACUUGCACAUGUAUUACUCCUAUGAUAGUAGAUAGUGAUGGAAUUUGUAAAACUUGCUCCACAAAAUUUGGUAGUUUAUGUUAGACGUGUAGUACUUCCGCUUGCACUACUUGUGGAGGAAUAAAUUAUACUCCUAAUUCAACUGGCUGCUAAUGUGUAAAAGGCGUUGAAAAUACCGCAUAACAAACAUGCGUUUCUUGUCCUACAAAUUGCUCCACAUGCACAAGCAACACAAAUUUUACUUAGCUAACAUGUACUCUUUGUUCUUCAGGGUUUAAAUUAAUGUCAGACGGAACUUGCAGUACAUGUCUUAGUAAUUAGUAUUAUAAUUCCACCACAAAGACAUGUAAUUCUUGCAGCUCUAACUGCUCUGGAUGUGCUGAUGAUUAAAAUGGUGGGCAAUGCUCUGGAUGCACAAACGGUUUUAUUUUAUCUGCAUAGCUUACUUGUGUUUGUAACGGUUCUAAAGCUUUGGCAGCUGAUCAAGUUAAUUGUGUAAAUUGCUCAACUUUAUAUGGCUCAAAUUGUGCAACUUGCGAUUCAAGUGCUUGCCUUACUUGUAUUUCUAACUAUUAUUAAAAUGCAAGUGGAACCUGCAUAACCUGUUCUUCUGGAUAAUAUUUUUCAAACUCCUCUAAAACCUGUGUUAACUGCCCUAGCAAUUGCUCAGCUUGCUCUCCUUUGACAGGAGUAUGCACUACAUGCAUAAAUAAUUAUGAUCUUAAUUCUUAAGGUUAAUGUGUUUGCCAAGAUACUAAAGUGCUUAACAGCUAAAAUAGUUGUAUUUCGUGUUCAAGUAUUAUCUAGAAUUGUUCUACUUGCUCUUCUACUACUUCGUGUAGCAGCUGCUCUAGUCCUUACAAAUUAAUGAGUAAUAAUUAAUGUGCAUAGUGUGGAAGUUCAUAAUAUUAUUUAACUUCAUAAAAAACAUGCUAAAAUUGUCCAGUGAAUUGUUCUGCCUGCAAUGACGAUACUGCUCUAUGCACAGGUAACUGUUUAAAUAAUUACAGAUUAGAUACAACUACAAGUUAGUGUGUUUGUAAUAAUGAUAGAGCUCUUUUUAAUAACAAAUGCACAAGCUGCUCAAGUCUAUAUGCUAAUUGCACAUAAUGCAACAGUAGCUAAUGUACUGCUUGUAAUGCUCCUUACGUCUUAACCCCCAGUGGCUGUUAGCUAUGUCCUUCUGAUUCAACAUAUAUUUCAUCAAAUAGUUCAUGCAGCAAAUGUAAUAGCUUAAUUAAAAACUGUCUAAGCUGCUCGUCAACUACUACCUGUACUGCCUGUUACACAUAACCUUUUAAAUUAUCUUCUGAUGGUUCCUCAUGUAAUUGUCCAGAUGGAAAUUAUCUAGUUCCCGCCAGCUAAUCAGGUACCAACGAUUAAUGCAUACCAUGCAUUAAUUUUGACUAAAACUGUGUUAAAUGUUCAGGUAAUAAUUUGUGCACUUUAUGUGCUAAUACCUACUUUUAUGAUUCUAGCCUUUAGAAGUGUCGUUAAUGUAACAAAAAUGAAUAUUAUAACUACAUUCCUAGCAAUAAUAUUCAAGCAUGCAUCAACUGCAAUUAAUUAGAUCCUAAUUGUUCUUCUUGCUCUAAUUCUUCAACUUGCACUUAAUGCUUUAAUAAUUAUGAUUUAAACUCUGCUAAUACAGCUUGCAUAUGUGCUAAUACUAAAAUAUUAGCACCUAGCCCAGCAAACAAUAAUAUAAAUACAUGCUAAUUAUGCUCUACCGUAGUAGAUCCGCAUUGUUUAUAAUGUGAUUCUUUAAAUCAUUGCUCUUAAUGUGCUUAAAAUUUUAAUUGGGAUCCUAAAUCUUUGCGUUGUAUACCAAACAUUGCUAUUUCUAUCACAAACACUGUCUAAAACUCUUAAAAUAAUUAUGCUAUAGGAGAUACCUUUUAACUACAAAUAAUUAUACCACCCGCAUUUUAAUCUUCAGCUCUUAAUAUAACUAUUUUAUACUAUGAUUCUAUAGAGUAGUAUAGUUAAGAGUUCAACAUUCUAUAGAAUUAAAAUGUAACAAAUGAAAAUAUACCUUAUCUUCUUAAUAAAUGUGUUGUGUAUUCCUAAGAUAAUCUUAUGUAGAUUCCUAAUCCUAAAUACACAAAGGUCACUCAAAGUGAUGGGUCAACUAUAUUGUAAAGGAUAGAUAAUUUUUUGCUGCAUGAAGGUAAUGUUAGAUUUGUUUAUUUAGUCUAAAGUCAAAAUUCUAGCUUCAAAAAAUACUUUGGCACAAUUGAUAUUAGUCUUGUUAGAGCCUUUUAAAAUUUAAAAAGUUUGUCUUUCUAAGUGAAUCAAUAUCUUAAUACUUACAACUAAUUCUCAUUAUACAAUAUUUUCUAUUAGAUUUACAUACACAAUCAGUAAAUUUGCUCAAAUGAUACUCAGUGCAAUUUUGGUAGAUGCUAAGCAUCUGAAUCAAAUUGUGUGUGCAAUCAAAACUACUUACUCUUUGAUUGCUCUGACUAUAUGACUUUCUAAUAUGAUCAAACUAUUAAUGGUUUAUACAAUGCCCUGAUAUUAAGCAACCCUAUUUCAUAUUAAGAUGUUUUUGUUAGUGAUAAUUUACCAAAGCUUGUGACAUCUACAUCUUAUACAUCAAAAAUAGGAGUUUAAAAUAAUCUCAAGGAAAUCAAUGAUAUUAUAAACACUGAAAUUAUUGAUAACAAUUAGCAAACUAUCAUAGACAACAUGAUACUUAAUGUAAUGAAUAGUAUCUCUUAUGCAAUCAAGAAUGAGAGUCCUGAUUUUACAGCAAAUGAUAUUUCUAGUGCAAUAAAUAGCUUGGAAGGAAUCAUUCAAAAUCUUCUAAUUGACUAUGAUGAAGGCGUCGGAUAUGGUACAAAAGAUAUGCAGCUACUAGCUAAGAUUAACAGAGAUCCAACAAGAAUUAUUACUUAAGCAAGCACUAAGUAAAUAUUUGAUCCUACUUUUGAUACAACAGGUGAGCUAUUUGAACCUUCAAUUUAUGAAUCUGUUGGACUCUAAAUAUCUAUCAAUCGUUACUCGUUCAAAGUAAAUCCUCACAAAUUGAGUAACCCCAUCUUUAAAAAUUAAGCUCGCUUCUAUCCAUUGAUUAUGUACAUUACAAGCAGGUAAAACUAAACACUUAGUAGUAGAAUGCUUUAAUCUGACUUACCUUUAAUUCCAUUUAAGAUUAAUAUAACUUUUACAUUUGAUGUUUAUUAACCUUAACUUUUAAAAAAUCUUGUCUGCCUAAGUCUUGUUGAUUUGAACUCUGACUAAUAUUAGCUUUGUAGCAGUAUUUAAAUUUAAAAUUAGUAAGUAAUAUGUGAAUGUGAAAACUCAGCUACUCUUUAUGAAGACUUAAAUUACCACUUCCUUGCUAAACCAAAAAGUGAUGAUAAUGGAAAUAGUCAAGCCCCUUUGUCAAUGGUAAUUACUGUAAUAGUACUUUCGCUUCUCCUAACUCUUUUGCUAAUAAUAUAAAUCAGAAAUAAUAAAUCAAGAUAUAAUUCUGGUAAAUUGGAUGAAGCAUAUGCAAAAGUAAAAGCCCAAAUUUUAGCAAGAAAGAAAAUGUUGUAAGAGUAGGAGUAGUUGGGAAUCAAUACUGAGAUGAAAGAAAUGCGUAGAAGCUAAGUUACUUAAUCAAAUUAUCUCCAAGAUAAGUCAGGAGAGCUGAAACAUACAGAUAGUAUUUUUAAUAAUUAGCCUAUUAUCUCUAAAUUAGGAAAUAAUAAAGCACUUUUCUACAACUCAGAAAUUUAAACUAAUUACGAUGAUGAAUCUCCUAAAAAGUUUUAAGAUAAUUUAGAUUUCUAUGGUAUUAAUAAGCAAAGCGUAAAGACUUAUGAUCCUAAUAUGGCAACUCCUGGUAUGGAAUAAUAUUUUGAUGACAAAAUAAUAAAAGAUAAGAUAAAAAGAAACUCAAACAUGUAAUUUGAAGAUGAAGAGUCAAACAACGAAUAAAAAAACUCUGAUUGA